AUGACGGAGAUGUAUUCGGGGCUCCAUGCGGGCCAGCGCUUUUCGUCUCUGGAGGAGUUCAAAACAGUGAUUCGAAGCAUAUCCGUCCGGCAGCACUGGGAGCUUCGUGUUAUUCGAAGCAAUAAGAAGAGUGUGGUCAUUGGCUGUCGGUCUUCGGCCAAUUGCUACUUUCGCGUUGUUUGUCGUUCGAACAAGAACGCGACCUAUAUUACUAGUCUUCAGGACAGCCAUAGCUGUCGAAGGAGCGCUGAUUCUCCAGCCGCGACACCGGCGCGCUCUGAAGCCUCGCAUGUGCGCUUUCUGCUUAGUGAAAUUCCCAAGCUCUUUGAUUUGAACACCAGAAUCAAGGGUCAGGAUGUGGUGGACGCUGUUAAACGUUACCAUGGAUAUGAUAUCUCCAUGAGACAGGCACAGCGCGCACUGACUAAACUGCAACCGCGGCAGGGUGAUAUACAAGGCGAGCACAGUUUGGAUAUGGAUAUGAGUACAGGUGACCAGCAGUCGCCCGGUCAGUCCCCGCCUGGAUCGCAAGGAGAAGCGGGGCCAGCAUACCGAGAUAUCUCGGAGAACCGCUGGAUUCCAGAUCAUUUAACGCCCUCACUCAUGGAUGAUGGCUCUGUCAAUCCUGCCGACUCUCCAAACCAUGCACCCGCGCCGCUGCCACCACCCUCAGCCGCUCAAUCCGUCCGACCUCCCCAGAUUCAGCAACCUCCUCCAAUCGGAACAUCAAGCCAAUCUGCUUUGAGCAGUGAUACUCGCCCAAUAAUCCCGCAGCAAGGGGUGGGAUACCCAACUGCUCCUCCCUUACCAGGCGCAGGACCAGAACAUCCUAAACCUCCCAGCUACCCGCAACGCAACGAUCACCCAACGGUUCCGCACAUGGUUCUCACCAACUUCAAGAUUGAGUUCACCUGCACAACAUGCGGGUCCCUAAACCAGAGUUUCUUCCCAAAUCAAGGCAAUGUCACCGGGGCCGGUUACAUACCUCAUCAUGCAAUUCAAACACAGGCCGCUGUUACAAGACAUCCCGGCCCUGUACCCCCGAAUGCGUCUGAUGGUAGUAGCAACGAACUUCCCGAGGAUGGCGGAUAUACAGUCAAUGCCAUCAAUGCUCGUGUCAUGCACAAUGCAUGGGCGGCUGGAGGCUUAGGUGUCCCCAUUGGCCCCGCCAAUACCUAG